GAGACACAAAAAGAGAUUGAAGAUGGGGAAGAAGAGGGCUUUAAUGUUCUCGUUAGCAUUGGGAUUGUUUGUUUUUUGUGUUAGUGCAGCAGAACAUCACCAUGUGAAGGCUAAAACUAAACGAAUUUCUUUGGAAGUUCAUAAGAAGUUGAAGCUUUUGAAUAAGCGUGGCGUGAAGACUAUCAAGAGUGAGGAUGGAGAUAUCAUUGACUGUGUUGACAUCUACAAACAGCCUGCUUUUGAUCAUCCGGCAUUGCGCAACCACAAAAUUCAGAUGAGACCCAGUAAUCAUGUACAAAAUGAUCAUAAUUCUUCUCAGCUGGUAUCUCAAAUUUGGCAAAGGAGCGGAAGCUGUCCAGACGGAACCAUUCCCAUUCGGAGAAUUCGAAAGCAAGAUUUAUUGAGAGCUACUUCACUUGAAAACUUUGGGAAGAAAAUGCCAGUGCAUUCUUCCUACUCCCCCACAGAUGACAAGGGCACUGUGUACAUCAACAGCACCCGAGUCGAACUCGGGCCUCAAGUCAAUCGUUCAGCUGCUAUCCUGUUAACUACUGGAUACAAUUACAUAGGUGCUCAAGGAGAUAUAAAUAUUUGGACUCCAAGAGUUGAAUCACCAGAUGAGUUCACUACUGCUCAAAUCUGGCUUAAGAAUGGACCUGGAGAGGCUUUUGAAAGUGUAGAAUCAGGCUGGGUGGUAAACCCAAAGGUAUAUGGUAAUGGAGCAACUCGACUUUUUGUAUAUUGGACUAAGGACUCAUACAAAUCAUCAGGCUGCUUUGAUCUCACCUGCCCAGGAUUUGUGCAAACCAACAAAGACAUAGCCCUUGGUAUGGUCCUUGGACCUGUAUCAUCUAAAAUGGGACCCCAAUAUCAAACCACCUUCAGCAUCACCAAGGAACCAAGCACAGGAAAUUGGUGGGUGCGUAUUGGCCAAAACGUUCCUGUGGGAUAUUUUCCUGGAGAGCUCUUCUAUUAUUUGACACGCGGUGCUGCAACAUUAGUUGAAUGGGGAGGAGAAGUGUUUAGCUCCAAGGUGAAGCAAAAUCAUCCACACACUGCAACAGGGAUGGGAAGUGGAGAUUUUGCAUCGGGCAAAUUGGGCAAUGCAUGCUAUGUGAAGCAAGUUAGGAUUAUAGAUUAUUCAAAGCAAUUGAAGUACCCAGAAUGGGUAGGCACUUAUUCAGAUGAAGAGUAUUGCUACUCUGCAUUGAACUACGCUCUGUCACUUGCUCAAGAACCUGUGUUCUACUUCGGCGGACCGGGUCGAAAUCCUCCUUAUUGUCCCUAAGUUGUUCAUAAUCUCAAAUGAGGACGCUUAAUUUCCAUAGUUUUUUCUUGAAAUAAUGUCCAAAUAUAUGAUGGCUUGAGCCAAUGUAGCAAGACUAUUUUAUAUUUGAAGCCUAUUGUUAUUGAUUUAUAUGUGAUCAGAAAUGGACUUAUAAUUUUGGUCCCA